AUGCAGUACACAUUUCCUGAGCAUGAGCUGACGCUCUACUUGGCGAAGUUGGCCGAUGGCGAGUGGUUGCCAGGCGACGCUGCCACGUUGGUUAGACUAUCCAACGGCCAUUUGGACGAAGAUAUCUCGAAGUACCUGAACCCUUCCAACCGGAUGCUCGCCGCGAUGGGGCUCAACUAUCACAAACAUUUUGGCAUGGAAGUGCCACCCAGAAACGUAGUCCAUGUCUUGGUGCGUGUUCCAUCCGCGCGAUGGGAUGAAGUGCGUCCACAGAAGAAGCACAAGGUGUCGAGCACGGAGGCAGUCAAAGGCGUGCAAGGCGCGACGUCCAUCCCUCCUGAUGUGAUCGCAUCGAUUCAGGGGGCACUGGGACUCUUCCCCUCCCAGAAGUUGGUGGUGGCGUUGGACUGGGCAUUCACCUCAUCGAGCCGGAUUUCCCCAAGUGGUUUUUCAUGCGACAGGCGGCAAUGGACGCCAUCAAGACUUGCAACGCGCUAG